GAGGACCCCGGGAAGGGAAGGGGAGGGGACUUUCGGCUCCCCCGGGAAGCAAAACCUGGGGACCCCAGGAAAGCAGAAUAGGGGAGCUCCUUUCGCGAGAGACCUGGGGAGAGCCUGGCACAGAAGCUGGGGAUACCGCAGCAGUGGAUUAGACUACCUGAGAACGCAGCCCCUCCCCGCUGGGGACCCAGAAGGGUGGGUCCUCAGCUCCUAAAAUUCGGGGCCCCCAGUCCCCUGCUCUCUCAAACCCAGGGGUCCAGGCCUCCUAUGGCUGGAGUAGCCCCCCUGGGGACCCAGAAGACUGGAACCCUGGGGGUUCCCUUUCGCAGGUUCUCAAGCUUUGAGAGGGCUAGGGAUUCUGCGGCCAGAACCCAGUCAGCCACAUCCUUGUGAGGCUGUCCCCCAACCUAGAUGGGAGCCCAGGCGCUGGAAAGAGCCCGCCCCCCUCAGGAGAGGGCUGGCGCCUGCCUCAGCCGGCUGCUGUGGAUCAAAGUGAUUCCAGUGACAGUGCCCCCUUCCUAGGGCCCCUGAUAAGUCCACACACCUGUGUGGCCGUGGCAGGGGCCCUGCAGGCCGGCGGCAGAGUGGCAGAAAGAUGAGCGGGAUCCGGAAAAAGAGAUCUGUGGUCUGCCUGCCACUCGACCCCCUCCCAUGGGUACCUUGGCUGAGGUGCACUUGUCUGUGCCCCCUCUGGUGGAGGUGAUGAGAGGGGACUCAGUCACCCUGGACUGUACCCUCUUGGAGGCCCUGGACCAUUUUGUGCUGGAGUGGUUCCUGCCCGACCGCUCUGGGGGCCGCCACCUCCUAGCAUCCGGGGAGCAGCAGGGCUCCCAGUUCCAGAACCAGGUGCGCGACUCCAGGGGCCGCAGCCCCCCCUACCGGUUGGACUCCCAGGGGCGCCUGGUGCUGGCCGAGGCCCAGGUGGGCGACGAGCGGGACUAUGUGUGCGUAGUGAGGGCGGGGGCCGCGGGCACCGCGGAGGCCACCGUGAGGCUCCACGUGUUCGCCAAGCCAGAGGCCACCGAGGUUGCCCCCAACAAAGGCACACUGUCUGUAAUGGAGGACUUUGCCCAGGAGAUCGCCACCUGCACCAGCCUUAACGGGAACCCGGUCCCCCAGAUCACAUGGUAUCGGAACGGGCAGCUCCUGGAGGUGCCAAUGGAGGUGAACUCAGACGGCUACACGACCAGCCGCACCGUCCGGGAGGCCUCAGGACUGCAGUCUCUCACCAGCACCCUCUACCUGCGGCUCCACAAGGCCGACCGGGACUCCACCUUCCACUGCUCUGCGCGCUACAAGUUGCCCAACGGCCGCCAUGGCCGCCUGGACAGCGCCCCCUUCCACCUCACCCUGCACUAUCCCACGGAGCACGUGCAGUUCUGGGUGGGCAGCCCGGCCACCACAGAGGGCUGGGUGCGCGAGGGCGACCCCGUCCAGCUGUUCUGCCGGGGGGACGGCAGCCCCAGUCCGGAGUACACGUUUUUCCGCCUUCAGGACAAGCAGGAGGAUGUGCUGAAAACAAACCUUGAGGGGAACUUGACCCUGGAGGGGGUGCAGCGGAGCCAAAGCGGAACCUACGGCUGCAGGGUGGAGGACUACGACGCAGCGGAGGACGCGGAGCUCUCCCGGACCCUGGAGCUGCGUGUGGCCUACCUGGACCCCCUCGAGCUCAGCACUGGAGAAGAGCUUUCCUUGCGCCUGGGCAGCAACACAACUGCCAACUGCUCUGCCCGAGGACUGCCCGCCCCUGCCCUCCGCUGGACCAAGGACUCGGUACCGCUGGGGGACGGCCCCACGCUCUCACUCAGAGGCAUCACCUUCGAUUCCGCUGGUACCUACAUAUGUGAGGCCUCCACGCCCACCGUGCCCCUCCUCAGCCGCACCCGGAGCGUCAGGCUGCUGGUCCAAGGGGCCCCUGAGCUGAGGCCAGAGGAGACUCAGCCCCACAUAGAGGGCAGCUGGAGGGAAGGAGAUGAAGUCACGCUCACCUGCUCUGCCCGAGGCUACCCAGAACCCAAAGUCACCUGGAGCCAGUUGGGUGGCAGUCCAGCAGAACCGGCCCCUGGGGGGCAGGGCUGGGUGAGCAGCUCCCUGACCCUGAAGGUCACCAGUGCCCUGAGCCGAGACGGUGUGUCCUGUGAGGUCUCCAACCCCUACGGGAACACCCACCACGUCUUCCACUUCGGCACUGUGGCCCCCCAGGCUGCCCAGGCCGGAGUGGCCGUCUUAGCCGUGGCCGUCAGCGUUGGCCUCCUGCUCCUCGUCAUUGCCGCCUUCUACUGCAUGAGACGCAAGGGGCGCCCUAGAUGCUGCCGGAGCGGGGAGAAGGGUGCCCCGCCACCUGGGGAGCCAGAGCUGAGCCACUCGGGAUCAGAACGACCGGAACAGACAGGCCUUCUUAUGGGAGGUGCCUCUGGAGGAGCCAAGCGUGGCAGUGGGGGCUUCGGAGAUGAGUGCUGAGCCCAGGGGACUCCUAGAGGCGCUCACUGGACCUGGCGUUGCAGGCACCAAGAACCAGCCCUGCUCAAGCCUCCACCCGCCCCCACCUUCCCAUCCUUCCGCCUUCCCUCUCAGUGGGCCCAGCCAGGCCCUCCCUUCCUUCCUCUGCUGGCUGGGCCGACCUACAGCUCCAAGCGCCUGCUGCUGCAGGGAGGGAGAGAGGGUGGUGGGAGGGGACCUUCCUCCUGGGAGUGUGACUCUCCCAGGCCCCAGAAUAGCUCCUGGAUCCAAGCCCAGGGCCGGGCCUGGGACAAGGCUGAGGGUCGGCCUGCUGGCUAUUUUUACCUCCAGCCUCCAUGGCUGGUCCCCCCACCUGACGUCCUACUGCAUAGUCUUGACACUGGAUUCCCCAUCCCCACCCCCACCCCAUCAUCUGUGGACACUGGAGUCUGGAAUAAAUGCUGUCUGUCACCUCGACACCAUCCUGUGGCCAGAGCC